AUUUUCCCUCGGAGCGCGGCGGUGCCGGCCCGGCCCCGGCCCCGCCGCCGCCCCCAUGUAGCGCCGCGGCCGCCCCGCACCCGCCCAGCCGCGGGGCCGCCUCCGGCAUGCGGAGCUGCAAGAUGGUGCGGGUGGCCAGCGUGCUGGGGCUCGUCAUGCUCAGCGUCGCGCUGCUCAUCCUCUCCCUCAUCAGCUACGUCUCGCUCAAGAAGGACAACAUCUUCGGGGCGCCCCGCGCCGCCGGCCCCGCCGGGCCCCGCAUGUACAUGUUCCACGCGGGAUUCAGGUCCCAGUUCGCUCUGAAGUUCCUGGACCCCUCGUUCGUGCCCAUCACCAACUCCCUGAGCCAGGAGCUGCAGGAGAAGCCCUCCAGGUGGGCCUUCAACCGGAGCGCCUUCGCCCAGCAGAGGCAGGAAAUCCUUCAGCACGUCGACGUCAUCAAGAACUUCUCCCUGACCAAGAGCAGCGUCCGCAUCGGGCAGCUGAUGCACUACGACUAUUCCAGCCAUAAGUACGUCUUCUCCAUCAGCAAUAACUUCAGGUCUCUGCUUCCCGACGUGUCUCCCAUCCUGAACAAGCACUACAACAUCUGUGCCGUGGUGGGGAACAGCGGGAUCCUGACCGGGAGCCAGUGCGGGCAGGAGAUCGAUAAAUCCGAUUUCGUCUUUCGCUGCAACUUCGCUCCCACCGAGGCUUUCCAGAAAGACGUGGGGAGGAAAACCAACCUCACCACCUUCAACCCCAGCAUCCUGGAGAAGUAUUACAACAACCUCCUGACCAUUCAGGAUCGCAACAACUUCUUCUUGAGCUUGAAAAAGCUCGACGGGGCCAUCCUUUGGAUCCCCGCCUUCUUCUUCCACACGUCGGCCACGGUCACGAGAACGCUGGUCGACUUCUUUGUGGAGCACAGAGGGCAGCUGAAGGUCCAGCUGGCUUGGCCAGGGAAUAUCAUGCAGCACGUUAACAGGUACUGGCGGAACAAGCACCUGUCCCCCAAGCGGCUGAGCACGGGGAUCCUCAUGUACACCCUGGCCUCUGCCGUCUGCGAGGAGAUCCACCUGUACGGCUUCUGGCCCUUCGGCUUCGACCCCAACACGCGGGAGGACCUCCCGUACCACUACUACGACAAGAAGGGGACCAAGUUCACCACCAAGUGGCAGGAGUCCCACCAGCUGCCCGCCGAGUUCCAGCUGCUCUACAGGAUGCACGGCGAAGGACUGGCCAAGCUCACCCUGUCGCACUGUGCCUAAGAACCCACAGCUCCAAGUGCCAAAUGACCGUCUGAAAAAGUGCCCAAAUCCAGAAUUUAAACCUUCUCCAGAUAGAAGUCUAAAAAGGAAAAGGAAACAAACCCGCCCUGAAAACCUUUUCCGUGAUGUAAAGAUGCUUUUCAGCCCCUGCCCUCCCGGGGGUCUCAGCUUAUUUAGCGGCGCAGCAGCUUUUUAUCGCGUUCCGUGGGUGCGGUUUGUGCAGCAGCAAAGUGGAGAUGUUUUGCAUUCCUAGAGAAGCCGCUCAGUAUGUUUUAAGAGCUCUUCAUGUUUUAGCCUUCUGCUAAAAAUCCCCCCGUUUUAUCGUCCCUUCCCCGUUAGGACUAGAUUUUAAGAGGUUUUGCUUCUUUUGUCUCUGUUGCUCUCGAUAGCUCGGUGUCGCCGCGGCCGACGGAUAGCUGGGAAUCCCAGUGCAUCCUCACGAGCCAGUUCCAGAGUUCCACCGCUCGGGUAUUUUCCUAUUUCCUGAAUUUUACACUUUUUAAAGAAUAACAAGAAGAAGAAGAAGGUCACGACACGGUUCGUACCUCAGCUAGGUGUUUAUAUCGCUCUUGGAAUACUUUGGGGUUUUAAUUCCAUUUGGGACACAUCCCAGUCCAGGCUAGAGAGGCCAAGGCGUGUUCAUUCCCACCUGGUCAUUUGUUUCAAAGCUAAAAGAUUUCCCCAUUUACAUUUCUAUUUCCCCAGUCAAACAACCGAAAUAGUGGCCCCAUUUCCCAGUCCCAGGAGGGAAUCAGGCUGUUUGGAGACAGGACAAACCUGAGGGUCACUGAGGGCUGGGAAAUGUGGGCCAUUAAGCCUCGGGAUAAAGAAUCCUGGGAAAUAACCGGGUUCCUUGUUACAGCAAGUAUUUAAACAUUUUUUUCCUCUUCUGUGUGAGAACUGACCACGCACUGAAAAAGGGAUGCGAAAUCCCAUUUGAACCAUACUUUAAAAUGGUCUGUGCUAAUUUUUCUCAGCCUCUUUACCUCCAAGCAGCUGCAGGAGGUGAGGGAGGAGGUCUCUGGCACGACCCCCAAGCCAAGCAGCCCCGAGCAUCCCCUGGUGCCCAUCGUGGCACCACAGCUCCACCGCCCCCAGAGCCACCCCUGUUCUCCCCUGCCUCCCUUCCUCACUGGAAUUAGCCCACAUUUCCCAGAUUUGCUGGUCCAGAGGCUGUUUUGGCUCAGCUCAUGGUGGAUAUUCUCCCCUCUCACCGGUGUUGUCAUCACCUGUGAGGGCCUGAACCUGCCAGGGGCUCCUGCUUAUUAAUGCCAGAUAUUUUUAUCACGGGGCACUUCAUCCACUGCCUGUAGGGAGCGAUCGUUUCUAAUCAGCAAAUUAAAGGAGUGUGAACUGCCAUCGUUGUAUAGGAAGGAAAGCAGGGCCUGAUGUGCUCCAGGCAGUUUUUGGAGCCUGAAAGAGGGACAGUCCCGGGACAGGCCUGGCACCACGGCCGGAACUUUGCAGAGGAGGGAGCACAAAACCCGCCGCAAAUAUUGGGAGAGGGGAGCACAGAAAGAAAUUAUUGACAGAGCUCCAUAUUACAGCAUUGAUUUUCGAGCCGAACUCCCCGUCGACGGCGCAGCCCCCGUCGAACAUUCCGGAAUCAUUGAUUCCAACGGGGCUCCCGCCCCGCGGUCGAUGGCGCAGCACAGCCCAAAGGAAAUUGCUUCUCCCUAUCAGUAUUUUCCUUUUGCGGUGUGGAAAACCACAUUUCAGGGUCCAAAAUCCAGAGGGAUCCUCCUGUCCGGCUCCUUCCAUUGGGACACAGACCCUGUCCAGUGGCAGCCACAUCCUGCUCCAGCCCCUCUGCACUCAGGGGGUGCUGGGGGUGUACAUAGGGUUGGAAAUGCGUGUUCCCUUUCUCCUUUCACACCUCUUGGGGGUGGAUUUUCGUUGCUUGCAUCUCCUCAGAGGAGGCUCACGAAAACAGGCGUUUGGGCUGCCGGGUUUGCUCGUGGAGGAAACCAAAAAAACAAGUGUUUGUGACACAGAACUGACUGUGAAAACGUGAAAAAGCAGGUUCUCUGUGAAUGAAUGUGUCUUCAUUCCAAUGGCUCUACGGUUCAACAAUGCCUGAGGGAGUUGUUUUCGAUAAAAAAAAAUAGAAAUAUUUAAGAAAAAAAAGAAAAAAAAAAGAAAAAAAAAAAAGAAAAAAAUGCCAUAAUUGUAAUAAAGGUUCCAUAAUUAACGGCCAUACUAAAAGCAUUGUUUAUUUUGAAAUGGCUGAUGUUCACAAGGGGCCGGGGCGCGUCUCAGGUGAGCGGUGGGAAGGACACUGGUGUCCAGCCUCACACUCCUGGAGAGCCUCGAGAGCAGGACUGGGGGCACUGGGACCCGGCCAGGGGUGUCCCCAGCCCCGAGGCUGCACGGCACAGCCUGCCCCGGCUCCUCUGCUGACAGCGAGCUCCCGGUGUGCCCCUGCGGUGUGAUGUGCCUGCAGCGUUGACUCAUGUGCCAUAACCCGAUAUUGAAUGCGUUGUUUUGAAAUAAAAUGGUUUCUUGUGCAUUGGGAGUCCGUACAA